GUUCACAAAAUUCCUAUCUUUGUUCUUUAAAAGCAAGUUGUUAAUUAAGAGGGAAAAACACCCCCACCCCCACCCCCAACAAUUGUCUUCAUUCUCUAACACAAGUCUUUUCCAUUCUGUUUUCGAUCCGUUCAACAAUGGAAGCAGCUUAUUACAUACGAAGACACCACAAGCAUAACCCUAACCAUCAUCAGUGCAUUUCUGUUGUCGUUAAACACAUCAAAGCUCCUGUUGAUAUCGUUUGGUCAUUAGUUAGGAGGUUUGAUCAACCUCAGAAGUACAAGCCUUUUGUGAGCCGGUGUACCAUGCAAGGGGACCUUAAUAUAGGCAGCGUUAGACAGGUGAAUGUGAAGUCAGGGCUUCCAGCCACCACCAGCACCGAGAGGUUGGAACUUCUUGACGACAACGAACACAUCCUUGGUAUCAGAAUUGUUGGUGGCGAUCACAGACUAAGGAAUUAUUGUUCAAUACUUACAGUUCAUCCAGAGAUAAUAGAAGGAAGAUCUGGAACAUUGGUAAUUGAGUCGUUCAUGGUGGACGUUCCUGAUGGCAACACGAAAGAUGAAACAUGCUACUUCGUUAAGGCCUUAAUUAACUGCAACCUUAACUCUCUGUCGGAAGUCUCGGAAAGGAUGGCUGUUCAGGAUCAGACUAGAGGUUAGCAAGCACAAACCUCUCUUUUUCAGUAUAGAGGCAUUGUUGUUGUCUUUGUGUUGGUGUCUUAUUGCACUUAAAUUUGCUUUCUUUUCCUUUGCUAUGAAGUUAUGUGGUGUAAAUAUAGGAGUCUUUCUUGACAAAUCAGUAGUGGCAUUUUCGUAGCAAGCAGCUCAUUAUUUGCAGCUAGCUAGCACUGCUGUGAACAUCUGGUAGUUGUGGCUUUAUUAAUUUGUUAAAUAAUAUACAUGGGGUGGUGUUUUAUGCCAAAA